AUGAAUAAAUUUGUUCCAGGAAAAGAAGAAAUAAAUAACUUGUUGCCUUGGCUGCGCCAAGACUUGCGCAGAUCUAAAUACCCGUGUCCGAAUUCGAACUGCAAAAGUAUCUUCAGUACCUACCACAAUUUAAAGAGUCAUGUUAAUAAUCACUGUGGAAAACCACCGAGGUUCAAGUGCGCUCACUGCGACUACCGAACAACAUGGCGGAAAGACGUGAAGAGACACGCGGUUAAUAUUCACCGAGACGCCAUUACGCCGGUCGUUGAAUUGUACAAAGUUAACAGAGAAGAAAGAUAUUAUUGUCAAAAUUUAAAUUGCACUGAAUGCACCCGCCCAAACUGCGGAAAAUUCUUCAAAAACAAGAAAGCUUACUAUUCUCACGUCAAGUACACUUGCAACGUCGCUCCUAAAUACAAAUGCGGGUACUGCGACUACCGAUCUUACCGCCCUCACAACGUUCGCAGGCACGCGCGUGCCAAGCACAAGAACCGGGAAAUUUUGAUCGUUGAUAUGAACAAAGUUUUGAGCGUUGAUUACACUUGUCCCAAUGAUUGCACUAAAAACGGAAACUCGGCUUGCCAGAGAAUUGAGUUCGUAUGCACGAACCCGAAUUGCAGGAAGAGCUUCAAGAACAGAACAGACUGCAAUUAUCAUAUCAAGAACAUGUGCAACAAGCCGCCGAGGUACAAGUGCUGUUACUGUGACUACAAAUCCCACUUGACCGGGAACAUCAAGGUCCACUGGAAAGGACAUCACAAAAAAUUGCCCUUUACUAUGAUUGAUGUCUAUGGCGCCAGCUUGGAACUCCCCAGCUUCAUUUGUUCCAACAAGAACUGCAGGCGCAGGUUCAGUUCCAAGGAAGAUUUAUUUAAGCACAUUGAUUGCGAGUGUGGAAAGGCUCCCAAGUUUAGCUGCUUGAUUUGCGGGUUCAAGUACUUUUCUAAGAAAGAUGUCGAGAAUCAUAUGCUGGCGAAGCAUCCUGAUAAACCAACGUAUUAUAUUGAACCCAAGGGGAAAAGGUUUGCCUGUCCGAACUCCAACUGCACUAAGACCUUCAAAAACAAAGCGGACUGCAGUAGACACAGUAAAUACUCCUGCAACAUGCCGCCGGGUUAUAAGUGCAAUUAUUGCGAGCACAGUUCUCACUAUUAUACCGAUGUUAAGAGACAUAUCCAAGCGAUACACAAGGGAGAGAUGAUUGAUGUUGUUAGGACGAACCAAAGUGGACGUGGAACUGGUAUCUACGCUUGUCCUAAUGAAAAUUGUGUUAAAAGAUAUCACCAUCAGUAUAAUUUGACUAGACAUUUACAGUAUGAGUGUAAUAAGCCGCCUAGGUACAAAUGCUUUUAUUGUGACUUUAAGAAUGGUUUUAAGGAUAGGAUAGAGAAACAUUCGAGUUUGAAACAUCCUAAUGAAGAAUUUCAGUUUAAAAAAAUUCCAAAAAUCGAGCUGAUAAAGUGCGAAGCGCCCAUCUACAAACUUCUGCAAGUAAAGAGCAAACUUUACCCCUGUUCUCACCAAAACUGCGACAAAAUAUUCAAAAGCGAAUGCGACAGAGACUACCACAUGAAGUACAGCUGUUGCGAACAAUCUCCCAGGCUGAAGUGCGGCUACUGCGAAUUUGAGUCCAAGUACAGCUCAAAAGUGAACGCGCAUUUGCAAAAAAGUCACAAGAAUUUGAAGAAGAAAGUUAAGAAAGUCGCCGUGAAGAUCAAGAACGCGGACUACUUUGAGUGCACAAAUGAAGGAUGCGGGAAGAAAUAUAUUCGCAAGAGGACUCUCAUGAAGCAUAUGAAUUUUGAGUGCGGGAAUAUGACGAGGUUCAAGUGUUGUUACUGUGAUUAUAAAAAUAAUCGCAAGUAUAGAAUUAAGAAUCAUACUGCGUCCAAGCAUCCUGAGGAAGCUAUGAAUAAAAAAUUUUCACUAAAUCUAACCAAAAAAAUUUCUUCUUAUUUUGCAGAAUGGAGCGAAAUCAAGCUGACAUAUGCGCGCGCACCGGCACAACAGCGACGCAUGCGCAUUCCAGCACAGGAAAGAUACGCAUGCGAGAACGAGAAUUGCCGCUCAACUUUCAAGGACACGCGCACGCGCAAUUACCACAUGAAGCAUUUCUGCAACAAACCUCCGAGGUACCAAUGCAGCUACUGCAGCCAAACCUCCCACAUGUCCGGAGUGAUCAAGAGGCACAUAAUUGCCAAGCACAAGGACAUGGAACCCAAAGUGAUAGAAUUGUACAAUCCUAACUACGAGACGAGGAUCUACAGCUGCCCUAACUCUAAGUGCAAGAAGAGAUACAAGUACAACUCGCACUUGAUGACGCACUUGACUUAUGAGUGCGGGAAGCCCAAUUACAAGUGCUUCUACUGCGACUACAUCAGCUCUAUUGAAGCCAGGGUCAGGGAUCAUAUUGACGACAAGCAUCCUGAUGCUGAGUUUCACUUUAAAAACGAGCGCACAAGAAACUACCACAUGAAACAUUUCUGCAACAAGCCUCACCGCUACAAUUGCGCGUACUGCGCUUACAGUUCUCACCUUUCUUCUCACAUAAAAAGCCACAGCUUUUCCAAGCACAAAGGCUUCGAAGUAAAAGUUCUCGAGACCGAAGAACUGAGGGAUUCCCACGCUUGCAGCAAGCCCGCUAGGUAUCGCUGCAGUCUUUGUCCUUACAAAUCGGACAAGGCCGGACAUGUUAGGAGGCACUCAGCGGCAAUGCAUAAAGAUGAGGAGGUCAUACCGCUCAAAUUGUUCCCUUCGUUUGAUCCUUCAAGGCCUCAUGUGUGUCCUAAUAAAGAAUGUGGGAAGAGUUACAAGUACAAGAAACAUCUUGUUACUCAUAUUAAUCUUGAGUGUGGAAAACCUCCGAGGUUUAAGUGCAGUUAUUGCCAUUACACUGGAUGUUUUAAGUACAGGAUGAGGAUUCAUUGUAAAAGACAUCAUCAGAAGCUAGAGUUUAAAUACUUGAAGAUAAAAGAAAAGCGGUACAUUUGCGAGAACGCUAAUUGCAACAAGACAUUCAAAAACGCGAAAUCAAGACAAGUUCACAUGAUUCAAGUGUGUAAUAAGCCACCGAGAUACAAGUGCGCGUACUGCAGCCAAAAGUCGUAUCUUUCUGCGGUUAUUAAGACUCAUACGCUCAGAAAACAUAAGAACAUGAAGGUUCAAGUUAUCCAGUUGUAUGAUCCUCACUUAGAAACGCGCAAUUACGCUUGUCCUAAUCCGAACUGCAAGAAGCGCUAUAAAAAUCAGCGUGAUUUGACGAUUCAUGUUGAAUAUGAGUGCGGGAAAAUUCCGAAAUUUAGCUGUUUUUACUGCGAUUAUAAAAGUUGCUUCAAAAAUAGGACCAAGAUGCAUUACAAGUUGCAACAUCCUGAUAAAAAUACCUUCAAGAACAAAGAGUCCCGUCGGAAGCACAUGAGCGACAUCUGUAACAAGCCUCCGAGGUACAAGUGCGGCUACUGCCAUUACCUAUCUCAAUUUAAGAAGAGUAUCCAGAGCCACAGCUUCCGACGGCACAAGGAGAUGCCACACAGGCAUCAUUUCACUCAUCACAUCAGAUAUGAGUGCAAUAAGUCACCGAGAUACAAAUGCGGAUAUUGUCUUCACAACUCUUACAAGCUGGCUAAUCUAAAAGUCCACAUAAAAAAUCGGCAUAAAAAUUUAGAAGUUAAAAUAAUUGACGAAAAAAAGCUCGGCGAGCUGCUGUACACAUACGAAGGCUUAAGUGCGGAAGGAACCCCGAUCCAAAUAACGGAAAAGCGGUACGCGUGUCUGAACGCAAACUGCAGUAAGACCUUCAAGAACGAGCGGAACCGGAACGACCACAUGAAGAACUUGUGCAACAAGCCCUCUAGGUACAAGUGUCCGUACUGCACGCGAAAGUCCCACCAUUCCGCGGACAUAAAGCGCCAUUUGGUGGCCAAACACAAGAACCUGGAGAUGAAGAUCGUCGAGCUGUACAAUCCACAUUUAGAAGCUCGCAAGCAUAAGUGUCCUAACCCCAAUUGCGACAAGAAGUACAAGUGCAAGUUGAAUUUAAGGAACCAUAUUAAUUUUGAGUGCGACAAAGCGCCGAGGUUCAAGUGCUUUUACUGCGAGUUUAGAAACGCUUAUGAACAUAGGAUCAAAACUCACUGCAAGAACAAGCAUCCGCUUGAGGAACCGAGAUGCCUAAUUUUUGAAGAUUAUCAUCAUUACUACAAUGUAAAAGCGGAACUUCACAUGUCGGGUAUGUCGAGAACUGGAACCAGGUUCAAAUGCACCCACCCGAACUGCACGCGGACCUUCAAGAACAAAACGGAACGGAACUUCCAUUCUAAGAACAUCUGUAAUAAGCCGCUGAGGUGGAAGUGCGGGCACUGCGACUACAGGUCCUUCUGCGCAGGUCACAUUCGCAGACACUCGCGUUCCAAGCACAAGAACCUGGAACCUCAACCUGUUGAGCUCUACAAUCCGCAUCUUGAAACGCGCAAGUAUAGGUGCCCGAACCCGAAUUGCGACAAGAAGUACAAACAGAGGGCUAAUUUGGUUAACCAUAUUAAUCAUGAGUGUGAUAAGGAACCGAGAUUCAAGUGCUUCUACUGCGAUUUCAAGAACGCUUUUGAGCCGAGGAUUAUGAAGCAUUGCAGGGACAAACACUCGCUUCAAGUUCCGAGGAGUUGUUUAACCCCAAACUGCCCGAGUACUUUUAAAAAUAAAUCUGAGAGGAAUUAUCACACCAAAAAUGUCUGCAACAAGCCGCCGAGGUUCACCUGCGGCUACUGCGACUACAAAUCCUUCUUUGCGGGGCACGUUAGGAGACACUCAAGGGCCAAACAUCCGGAACUGGAACCUCGGGCGGUUGAAUUGUACGGGUUGAAGGAUGACCGGAGCCACAAGUGCCCCAAGCCUAAUUGCGACAAGAGGUACAAGUACAGAAAGGGCCUGAGAGCUCAUUUAAUGUACGAGUGCGGGAAACCCGGGCUCAAGUGCUCCUACUGUGAUUUUAAAAAUAAUUAUAAACAUUUGGUGAAGAAACACUGGAGCAGGCAACAUCCUGGGUUGGAAUUUAGUUUUCCUUUUCCAUGCACAAAUCCAAACUGCGACAAGAGUUUUAAUACCAAGCACGACUGUAACAAGCACAUGAAGUACUUCUGCAACCAGCCGCCGCGGUACAAGUGCGGCUACUGCCCGCAGACCGCUCACCAGUCCGCGGAUAUAAAGAGACAUCUCGGAAGAAAACAUAAGAGUCUGAAGAUUCAGAUUGUUCAGUUGUAUGAUCCUCAUACUGAAACUAGGAUUUAUUCUUGUCCGACUAAAAAUUGUUAUAAGAGGUACAAACAUGAGAGCGGGUUGACUUCACAUUUGAAGUUUGAGUGUAAUAAACCUCCAAGGACCUUCAAGCACGAGUACAGUCGCAAUUAUCAUAUGAAGAACUUCUGUAAUAAGCCACCGCGACACAAGUGCGACUUUUGCGAUUUUAAGGCACAUCUCACUGCUAAUGUUAAGUCACAUAUGAGAGCCAUUCACAAGUGCGACUGGUUCCAACCUCAAAGCUGUUGCCCGUUAACUUGGAGCCCCUGA